AUGGGCGAAAUCAUACACGUGCACCGGCAAAUUCAUAGUGGACAGGUAUCUCUUGUUCUAUUUCGAAAAAAAGGAAAAACUAUUUAGAAAAAAAGUGAUGCUCCGAAAAUUCCGCCGCGAUACUUAGAAAUCAUCGAAACAAAAGAAGAUUUUAAUAACAAAGUUAUUCACGUAGCUUACAGUUUAGCAUAUGACGGAUUCAUUCCAGCGAGAAUCACCAAGUAAUCGGCUUUUUCAAAAAUAGGAUUAAGAGAUAGUUUUCAGACGAGAAUAUCACCCUUUUUACAUUCGUUUUGAAUCCCUGCAAAGCCGCUUGAGAAAUAACCCGAGAAAUAUUUGCUUGGCGUUAUUGUUUUCUGCUAGAGGAGGAGUCAAAAACAUCCACAUGGAUUUGAUGAUGUGUUGGUGAGUCUUACAUUAUGACGCAAAAAAAAUUUUCGUUGAGGUUGCUCCCACAAUUGAUAAGACUUCAAAACGAUGGGCUGUGGUUUGAAUUUAAUGGAACUUCGUGGUUGAUGAAAAUGAAGCCGAUCCAUAUUUUAAGUGACUUGAAAGUUAAAAAAUAUUAAAAGAAAAAGACAAAUUUUUUUUUUCAGGGUCUCCGCAUGCUAUACACGCUGCCGAACUGGAACUCCAAAUACGGAUGCCACCGCUGUUAUGUUCCAGGGAAAAUCGUGAAAGGAAGUGUUGUCUCUUUUCAUAGCGACCAGAAGCAUGCGCUACGAACACCCAGUGCUUGCCGUGAACAUGCGAAGAAAAAAAUUUUUGGUUUCCGAGGUUAGUAAUUUCGGUUCCGAUUGCAAUAACUUUAACUAUUCAGCUGAUGUGCCGACUUUGAGACUCAUCACACCAUGUGAAAGUCCCUUAGAUUUCCUGCACUGCGGACCCGAAGGAGUCAUAAAAGACUUUUUGAAAGGUGUAUGAGAAAGAAAAAUGGGAAAAAUAAAUAUUUCAGAAUUGACUGGAAGCGCUACACGAAUUGGAGAUAUGAAACUUGAAAAAAAAAUUAACGAAAAAAUAAACGAAACUCUUGCUUUGACCGGAGUAAACUGCAAUUCAAACUGCCAACUUUUAACGUUGGUCGACUGUGCGAAUAUGACAGGAAGCCAGAUUUUGAAGGUUUUUGAAUUGCCGAUUCUCAAAAAAUAUCUCUUUGUAGCUUAGCAGGGUGGUCUUUCCACUCGCUACGGCUGUUAUGGCGGUGAGAGACGUUCAAAAAUGUUCAAUCUUACUGGGUCUUAUUUAUUUCAUAAAUGAGACUUCUAAAGACGUUUUCGACCCUUAUUAAAAAUUCAUCGAAUAUGGCUAUUCAGGUUCGUCAUUCGCAAUCAUUUUGAGAGAAUGGCUAGCAAUUUGACGGCGACUGGUACAGGUGAUGCUUCACGUGAUGAACUCGAGAAGUUCCUUACACCAAAUGAGAAGUCACAAACACGAAUUAAAUUGAAAAAAAACGUUAUACUUUCAGAAACGUGGAUAACUUGUUGACUUUUGCCGGAAUUUCUGCUCCGACCAACAGUUCAAUAAGGCGCUUGAAGUCACAGCAUGCACAGCUGGCAAGAAACUUUCGAGCAACUCCUCCUUUCUUGUGAGUGUAAAUCUGACCUGAAGUUGCCGGUCAAAAUAAUUUAUAAAAAAAUUGUUUAAAAACGAAACCAUAUUCUCAAAAAAAAUAAAAAAAUAAAGACUGUCUCCUUCGUCUCAAGAGCGAAGUUUAUUUAAUGAAUUUUUGAAACAAAACAAAGCAAGUUAGUUCAAAAUUAUGAUUUUAAGCUAGAAAAAAUGAAAAAAAAAAUUCACUUCACCUUUAUUUAGCUCCCGGCUGAUUACCUCCGACGGCGUUCCUUACGCUUCCUGUGAUUAUUGGCGUCGGGAUUUGUCGGGAGGGCAAAGCACUUUCAUGAUUUGCUCCAAUGGAUCGCUGUCUUCUGCUACCGCAGUUUUUUUCUUUUACCAAAACUUUGAGUGGUUUUGCCUAGGAAAAGAAUACCGUCUAUGUUCUUUCCAUGAAACUUUUGCCCUUGCCAUUCAGCCUGCUUCUCACCGAGGGAAAGACAACGCGAAGAACUUGCUGCAUCUCUGCUCUGAGCUACCUUCUUUUUUCUUUCGAACUACGAGUGCAAAAUAUACGGUUUUCCCAUGUUCAAAAAUUUGCGGGCCUGCUAUUGUUUUAAAUUACGCCCCACAUGUUUUCAUAAUGAGCCUUCCUCUUUAGUUCGCAAUUCACUUUUGAAUUUUAAUCUCAACAUGUUUAUAAAUGUUUUCUUUUCACGUAUUCGUUAAUUGGAAAAAAAAACAAAUUCAAGCGUGCAGUACGCUAAUUUAUAUCUUUUGAGCGUUAAUGAUAAUUCCAAUAUCCGAAUUCAACAGGCGCAAUGUUCAGCGACCCACGGGAAGCAAAAGAAUAUUAUAGAAGGUGGGAAAAAAAACUUUUUCAACAGUCCGAGAGAAGUUUUUUCAGGAUGUCUGCUUAUUCGGAGCAGGACGAGGAAUAUUUCGAAGAAGAAAUAUCUCCCGAAACUCAGGAGUCUUGGCCAUACUACCGUGAUGAUGGGAUGUACACCAGUACUCCUUCAAGGCAACAUUUUUCUUUUAACUAAAAUGAUAUGGGCUCUACAGGCGUCGAAGGGGUCAUUUAUUUUCACCAUACGAUGCCCCUCAAGGACGGGAACGUUUCCGCGGAAUGGGCGCACCACGGCAAAGAGGGAGGAGCGCACCACAAAAACGAGGGUAAUCCUGUUCUAUUUUUUCUCACUGUUUUUAUCGAAAAAAACUCCACGCGUCACAGCAGACGUUGAAAUUCCGUCAAAUUUUAAAAACAGCGUAAUCCACUUUCAAUCAAAAAUAUAAAAUUUUAUCUCUAUUUUUCGGCUAAAGAUCGAUUAAGACGCCCACCUCGGUCUGUUCAUGCUGAAACUCUUGCUGAAGAGCCUGAAGCUGGAUUUGAGACCGCAAACCUCUCUCCCUUGGUGGAUACUGUGGGAAGCCCUUCGCCAAACCUGCGAGAAGAACUGA